GCCAUCAUACGGAAGGGAGAUAACUUUUGGUGUCCUGAGGAAGUUUCCAGAAGAUUUCCCAGAAUUCCUCUGCUUCGUUGCUAGCAACAUGGACAAUUGUGAUUCCUUGUUUUCGCAAGCCAAUGAUGAAUUUGUCAACGAGAAUUAUCAAAGUGCAAUUGAUCUCUUCACAAAAGCAAUUGCUGCCAAUAAAACCAAAAGUGAAUAUUUCACCAACAGGGCUCAUGCUUACUUCAAAUUAAACGAAUAUGAAAAAGCCAUUGAAGAUUCAGAAAAUUCCAUUUUGUUAAAUCCUCACUCAAUAAAAGCAUUUAUACGAAAAGGGAUUUGCCAGUUUGAAUUGAAGAGGUAUCAAGAAGCUUUAGAUACGUUCCAGGAAGGCCAAAAGUUAGAAAGUAACAACAAGACUGUGGAACUGUGGCUAGAUUCUUGUAGAGAAAAGCUUGGCUUGCCAAAAGAACAAAAACAACAGAAUUCAGUUCCAAAUAGCAGCACACAGGAUGUGAACCCAGAAACAAGUGUUGAGUCUGCUACUUCUGCUGUCACACCCACUCCAGCACCCCACAGGACAAAAUAUGACUGGUACCAAACACAAACAUUUACUGUGAUUACUGUUCUUGAGAAGAAUGUGAAUAAAGACGACAUUCAAGUAGAUUAUGGUGACAAAACAUUUAAACUCGUUGCUAAACUACAUAAUGGUGAAGAGUACAUAAUGCAGCUAAAUCUUGCCAAUGCUGUUGUCCCAGCUGAAUGUCAAGUUAAAGUCACACCUUUGAAAAUUGAAGUGAAACUCAAAAAGAAAGAAGAUAUCCAUUGGAAACAUUUGGAAAGUUCUGCAGACAACACUAUCAACACACCAUAUGCCUCAGUAUCAAAAGCGGAUGUUAAAGAGAGUAAGCCCUUGAGUCACUUUCGGAAUUGGGAAAAGUUUGUGAAGGAAGUUACUGAGGAAGAGAAGAACGAAAAGCCAGAAGGUGAUGCAGCGUUAAACCACUUGUUUCAACAGAUCUAUGCUGAUGGCAAUGAUGACGUGAAGCGGGCCAUGGUGAAGUCUUACGUAGAGUCAAGUGGCACGGUUCUCAGCACCAAUUGGAACGAGGUUGGAGAGAAAGCAGUCGAUGUGAAACCUCCAUCUGGAAUGGAAUACAAGAACUGGGAGGCUUAACUUCCUGCAACUUAA